UGCAAACGACAACAAAUCGCGUAAUCGGUGUGAGAAGACUGACAAAUUUUGUUGGUGACAUUUCCCUGGACUGAAGUAAAGAUGGGGAAUUCAGCUAUGAGCUCAUUACUCGUCAAGAGUGCCGCCUGGGAUCUGGGCAUUCAAUGGUCCUUGUUUCUGGUCGCAACUCUUCUCAAGACGGAAAAGUUUUACGAUUUAGCAGGAAGUGGAACAUUUCUAUUAUUGGCAGUACAGACUCUGAGAUGGGGAGGUACAUUCUUUCUGAGGCAGCGUAUUCAGACUGCACUAGUUUCUGUUUGGGCUACCAGAUUAGGUUUAUAUCUUUUCUCAAGAAUUCUCUCUGAUGGCUUUGAUCGAAGGUUCAACAAAGCAAAAAAUCAACCUUCUCUAUUCUUUGUUUUCUGGACAGUGCAAGCCGUUUGGGUAUUUCUCACUCUCUGCCCCACCAUUGCAUUGAAUGGUGUCAAGAGGGAUAGCCCACUGUGUGCUCGUGAUUACAUCGGAUGGGGUAUCUGGGCAGUUGGGUUCCUGAUGGAAGUCAUGGCUGAUAGGCAGAAAUCCAUCUUCAGAGCCAACCCUGAAAAUGCUGGUAAAUUCAUCAACACCGGUCUGUGGAGCAUUAGUCGCCAUCCCAACUACUUCGGUGAGAUCCUGUGCUGGCUGGGCCUCUACAUCUCCGCUUCCACCUCCCUAACCGGCUGGCAGCAUCUCACCGCCGUCUCACCCAUCUUUGUGACCUUGCUAUUGACGAAGGUCAGCGGGAUACCGAUGCUUGAGAAAUACGGAAUGAAGAAGUGGGGUAACGACCUGCCGUAUCAAAACUACCUUCGCAAGACCGCUGUGCUUAUCCCUUUUCUGUGGUAAUGAUUCAUAAACCAUUGUCAAAAAUUGACCAAUAUUCCUCCCCCCCCCCCCACCCCCCUCCUGAAUAUCUUUUUAUUGAGAGCCUAGGAAGAUGUUGAUUUCUUUGAGCUCUGAGCAUUCCUGAAAUUUGACCCAUCUAAAAGAGUUGCAGGAAAUCCCCUUGACACCAAAUUCUGGCUGUGUGUGAUAACAACUCAGGAAAAUUGUAUUAAGUAAUUUGUGUUGGUUUCCUUUUUGUUACUUUUUGUCUUGUUGCUUUGUUUCUUUAAGCUGUAAAAGAGACUCAACACAAAUGUUAGGUAUUUGAUUUUUUGAGUGAAGAAUCAAGCACGGAUGCCAGUUUCAGGGUUUUCUUUAGUUCAGGCCUUGUCGACUCCGAAGCUAUUUUUUCAGACGUCACAGUGUACAAAAUAUAGGGGCUUACAGCAUUUCUCUUUUGAGUGAUAGCAACCAUUAACUGGUUUUCCGGAUUAUGGUUCAUACAUGCGUAAACAUUUGCUCUCUUUUGUACACAUUCAGUAGAGAAAUAGUAAACCUCCUUGCUAUUGGCAUUUUCCUGCAAAAAUGAUUUUAUUCUCUUUUGAUGCAUUUUUUCCGUGUUUUGAUAUUAUAAACAUGCAUAAUUUUAUGUGAGCUACUCGUGUUUGAGAGAUUAACUAUAAACUGUAAUAAUUCAUUAGUAAAAUUAUCACAAAGCAAUGAAAUGAUUCGAUUUUGGAUUAUUGGGAAGUGACUGUUUCAAAUCCUGGUUUCUUAUCCUCACUGAGUUUUUUUUUUUUUUUUUGGAUAGGUAGUACAAAACAAUCAUUCUAUGUAUCAGUCUAUGUGAUCAUGCAUUUGGAAUCAUUCUAUUCUAGGUUUCAUUUGUUGGAUGUUUCAAAGUCAUAUUAUUUUGUAUAAUUUGUGCAUAUUUUGAUACAAAAGUGUAAUUAGUUUUAGGACUGUUGAAGGGAAAGGACUGGUACAAAUGACAUCUCUCUUGUAAAGAUCACUUCCUGCAUUCAAUUUUGUAAAGAAGAAAAAUGAAAUAAUUGAUCAUGAAUUCCAUUUAAGAAUUAUGAUGCUAAUCAUGAUACAUGUAAUGAUGAAGAGACAUGAGCAAGUUAGGUUUCUCUUAGACAAUAUUUACUAAC